UAUAAAAUACAUUGCAAGAAAAUUAAAUCGAUUUUACACAUACAAAAAAACCAAAGACAAGUGAUGAACAAAUAUAUUACACGCCCAAAGUGAUUUAAAGUGCAACGAGUUUUUAAAAUUUACAAAACGAAACCACACAACCAUCGUAAAAGUUACCUGACGCAACUGUUCAAGUUGAGAGAAAGGCAAAGAGAGCGCGCAAGAAACGAAGGAAAGUGCGAGGCAGAACUAGAAUAAACAACGGAACGGUCAUCAAUUGUGGGCAAUUUUUACAGUGCGAAAACGAAACUAACAAAACAAUAGGGCGCAGCACGACACCUUAGCGAAAUAAAUAAAUAUUCAAAUAAAUAGAAAGAGCACAGUCGUCGAUAAAAGAAACUGUUGUCGACCCAUCCAACGGAAUACUUUUAAACUGAAAUUAACGAACAAAGCGUAUUAGAUAAAGGCAUGAAUCUAUCAUUUGCGGGCUGCGGUUUCCUAGGCAUCUAUCACGUCGGCGUUGCAGUCUGCUUUAAAAAAUAUGCCCCGCACCUCCUGCUCGAGAAAAUUGGUGGCGCAUCCGCUGGUUCGCUGGCCGCAUGCUGUCUGCUCUGCGAUUUGCCGUUAGGCAGCAUGACAUCGGACUUCUUUCGCGUUGUGAACGAGGCACGUCGUCAUUCACUGGGCCCCUUCAGUCCCUCGUUUAACAUACAGACCUGCCUGCUGGAGGGCCUGCAGAAGCAUUUGCCUGACGAUGCGCACAAACGAGUUAACGGGCGACUGCACAUUUCGCUGACGCGGGUCUAUGAUGGACAGAAUGUGAUCAUAUCGGAGUUUGAGUCGCGGGAGGAAGUUCUGCAAGCAUUGCUAUGUGCCUGUUUUAUACCUGGCUUCUCGGGAAUUCUGCCGCCACGUUUUCGUGGCGUACGCUACAUGGAUGGCGCUUUCUCCGACAAUCUGCCCAUUCUGGACGAAAACACAAUUACCGUAAGCCCCUUCUGCGGGGAGAGCGACAUUUGCCCGCGUGAUCAGAGCUCACAACUGUUUCAUCUGAAUUGGGCCAACACAAGCAUUGAGAUAUCCAGACAGAACAUAAAUCGCUUUGUCCGCAUUCUGUUUCCGCCCCGUCCAGAGUUUCUGUCGAAAUUCUGCCAACAGGGCUUUGAUGAUGCCCUACAGUUUUUGCAUCGCAACAAUCUCAUCAAUUGUCGACGCUGUGUGGCUGUGCAAUCGACAUUUGUGGUCUCAGAGACAGUGGCACAGCCUCAGGAAUUCGAUCCCGAAUGCAGGGAAUGCAAGAAGCAUAGAAAGGACGCUUUAAGCUCGAAUAUGCCACAGACUGUGCUGGAUGUAAUUCAGGAUUACAUAGAGCAGGCGAACAAAGGACUAGCCAACUGGAUAUUCAAACAUCGGGGCAUCAAAUUGCUCUCACUGCCGGCCACUGUCCCCAUGGACUUCUUCUUGGCCACCGUAUCCAAAAUUACCACCUUAACCCCCAAACUGACCAAACAAAUGCGUCUCCUCGUCGAAGAGCUGAUUGCACAGUUUAAUAAUGCCAUGCAGAUUCGGUUCUUCAACAAAUUCACGCUUUACGAUCAGCCGCACUUUGAUGCCACCGGUUUGCUGCACUCGAGUCGCUUGUACGGACCGCGCGUUUCCAUACUCGUUGACGAAUGCGGCGCCACGCCAUUGGAAGAUGAUGUCGACAAUUUUGAGCAUGUCCUCAAGAUGACAACGCACAACGAUGCACUCUAUGCCUAUUAUUAUACCGACGACAAUACGAAUAAGGUCAAGGUGACAGAAAUCUUUGAUUUUGACGAUAUGACAGAACACGAUGAACUGGCCACAGAUUUACAAAUCUACGAGGGCUCUGUGGAGGGUAUUCCCAAUCCGCAUCAGCAUUGCCAUAAUGCUGUUGUCAGUGAAUGGAAUGGUGUGGAAUCAGACUUCUUUAUCGAUGCCCAAACGCCGCAGAACGCUCAUAUCUCUGCCACUGAAAAGCCACCAGCCUUGUGUCCACCACCUCUGUUUUCAAGUUACAAUAUCGAGCAUGAGGCGGAUGAGAACGUCUUUAGCGACCCGGAGGCUGAUCAGAACAUCGCACCAAAUUCUAUGGACACCUAUAACGAUAACAAUCAUAAUCGCGUACAUAACCCUAACACAUUGUACAUAGAGAUCGAAUGAGUUACAAUCCACACACAAAUGAUGAUUACUAACCAUGACAUAUUGAAAUGGAGUGAGGAUCAUUGUUAAGACAACCGUCUUAAUUGGAACCAAAAUAAAUACAUUUUUGUAACGAAA